AUGGAGGAGACUUCCACAGAAAAUGCAAAGAUAUCCGACUCCGGGUACUCCAAUACCGGCAGCAACAGCCAAUCCCAUACUAGUUCGGAGACGCUACCCAAGCCAAUUACCAAGCGGAAAGACAAGGGUUACAAGAAGAAGAAAUUCAAAGGUGCCCCGACGAGUUUUUCCAUCACGCCUGCCUUGAACCACGAUACGCUGUCUCCUGAACCUUGCAAAACACUCCUCGACCGAUCAAUUGAAGAAGAAGCGACCGUUGUAGAGUUGGUGGAUGCAACGGACUCUGGAGUUCACAACAAUAAUUUAAUAACCAGUGCGGAAGGUGCAGGACUCACUUCGAAAAUUAGACCCAUCGACGACAUCACCUCGCACUCCACUGUGAAACUGGUUUAUACUGUUGUACAGGAUGAAUUUUAUGCAGUCAUAUCCAUGGACGAUGGUCUUGUGCUCCAUGCAUCAGCUUCAUUGUACACAUCUCUAGGGUAUCCUAUAGAUUGGUGGACUGGAAAAUUGUUUAUCGACUUUCUUAACCCCAGGGACAAGUAUAUUUUUACUGAUCGAAUUGCGAGUGAAAUCGCUAUCUCCCGAGACUUUCAUCCAUCAGGUGCCAAUGGUCGGAAAGCGAGCAUCUUCUGUCGUCUCCGUAGGUUCAACAUUUGCGUCUCGACAAACGAUCAGUACGUACCGUAUCGUAUCAAUUUGGUAGUUCAAAACUUUCAUGAUGACAAGAUGACAGUAUCACAGAGCCACGUGAUGUUGCUCGUCGCGUCCUUUCAAUCAGUACAAUCGGCUUACAAAGAUUACCUGUUGUUCGUCUAA